AUGGCCGACGAGCAGACUUUCAUUGCCAUCAAGCCCGAUGGCGUCCAGCGUGGACUCAUUGGCCCUAUCAUCUCCCGCUUCGAGAACCGUGGCUUCAAGCUCGUUGCCAUGAAGCUCACCUCCCCUAGCAAGGAGCACCUGGAGACCCACUACUCCGACCUCUCCAGCAAGCCCUUCUUCAAGGGUCUUGUCUCCUUGGCCCCAUCUGCGCCAUGGUCUGGGAGGGUAAGGACGUCGUCAAGACUGGCCGUACCAUCCUCGGUGCUACCAACCCCCCUGGCCUCCGCUCCUGGCACCAUCCGCGGUGACUUCGCCAUCGAUGUCGGCCGCAACGUCUGCCACGGCUCCGACAGCGUCGAGAGCGCCAAGAAGGAGAUUGCUCUCUGGUUCACUCCUUCCGAGAUCCUCAAGUGGACCUCCGCCCAGGCCGCUUGGGUCUACGAGUAA